UUCUCCCAUUCUGCUUCACUAAAGCUGAGCGUGACAACACAGCGCCACCCGGAAGGCACGAGACGAUCACUGAGGAGCCAAGAAUGAACCGCUUCAAGACGUCCAAAUUUAAGAACACCACUCCGAGGAUCCCCAAGAAGGAUGAGUGGAUCUCAAAUGUGCGAGGAAGCUCCCUCAACUCUCAGGGCAACCAGAUUAAAUCCAGCUGCAGUCUUGUGGCCUUCAACACCGACCAGGCUGGGGGUGGAAUGGUGGGGCUAUGCUCACUUGAUCCCGGACCUGAUGGCAAAUGGACAGUAACUCAAAUUCCAUGUCAUGCUGACCAAGUGACCGAUCUGGAUUUCUCCCCAUUUGAUGACUAUCUCUUGGCCACCUGCUCAGCUGAUGAGACGGUAAAGUUAUGGCGUCUAUGUGAUCCAGGUCAGGAGCAGCCAUUAAGUGCAGAAGCGUCUAUAAAUCCUGGUGAAGGAAGACUGGAGCUGCUGCUUUUCCAUCCCACUGCUGCAGGCUUGCUGGCGGUCGGCUCUGGCAAAGGCAUCCAGGUCUGGGAUACCAGCAGAGACAAAGCCCUGGCAGUUCUGGAGCAGCAUAAGGAGCAGUUGCAUUGUCUGGCCUGGAAAGAGGACGGCUCCCUGCUGGCCUCCACCUGCAAGGACAAAAACCUUCGCAUCUUUGAUCCGAGAGCUCAGCUGUCUGCAGUCCAGUGCUCUCAAGUUCUUUAUAGCAACAAGGAUUCUCGUGUUGUCUGGGUGAAAGGUGAUCAUAUCCUCACUACAGGAUUUAAUCAGAAUCGGCAGCAGGAGGUGCGGCUGUGGGAUUACAGGAAGCUGAACUCUUCUCUGAGCUCUGCAUCUUUAGCCACCUCCAGUGGGACUUUAAUGCCAUUGUUUGAUCCUGAUACCAGUCUCCUCAUUGUGUCGGCAAAGGGAGAAAGUGUGAUUGACUGCUUUGAGGUGACCACUUGCGAGCCAAGUCUUUCACAAGUGAGCCACUGCCUGUGCGACACGUCCACACGUGGAAUAGCAGUGGUGCCCAAACUGGCGCUAGACGUAAGCCGUUGUGAAGUGCUGAGGGUGAUGCAGUUGACUGACAAUUUCAUUAUCCCAAUCAGCUACCAAGUACCUCGCAAGGCAGGACAGGACUUCCAUGCUGACCUGUAUCCAGACACUGCAGGCCACACUGCAGCCAUGACAGCAGAUGAAUGGUGGCAGGGAAUGAACAAGCAAGUGGAAAAACUCAGCCUCCACCCAGACAAGAGGCCAAAGGGGAAAACUCCAGAUAAUCAGGUUGCAGCAAAUGAGCUACCUCGUAGAAAAAGUAAAGAGGUGCCCUCCACUUCCAGUAGUGCCCUCAGUACCCCCAGCGACAGUAUAGCUCCAUCUCGCUCACCCUCCUCCACCAGCGGCCUGUCCUCUGGCUUCCUCCCCAGCCCCAGCCAGAGCUCCCGUGCCAUUCAGAACAUGCUGGGUCCAAGCUCCAGAUUCCGUCACAUUCAGGGCACUGUUCUGCAUCGUGACACCCACAUCACCAACCUGCGUGGCAUGAGUCUGACUACACCUGGCGAGUGUGAUGGCUUCUCUGCCAAUGCGCAGCGAGUGGCAGUGCCUCUGGCCAUUGCAGGAGGGCAGAUUGCGGUGCUUGAGCUUUCUCAGCCUGGGAAGCUGCCAGACACAGCAUUGCCAACCAUCCAGAACUCAGUGAGUGUGGCUGACUUCUGCUGGGAUCCUUUUGACCCUUACAAGCUGCUGGUUGCUGGAGAUGAUGCAAAGAUCCGCAUGUGGAAGAUUCCAAAAGGUGGACUGGUAGAUACACUGACUAUACCUGAGUGUGUUCUACAGGGACACACUGAGAAAAUCUACUCUAUCAAGUUCCACCCACACGCCUCUGGUCUGCUGGUGUCCUCAUCAUAUGACAUGACCGUGCGACUGUGGGACCUGGAAACUCGAAGUGAAGUCAAAAAGCUGAGUGGACACCAAGAUCAGAUAUUUGGAAUGGCUUGGAGUCCCAAUGGCAAGUUGUUGGCUACUGUGUGUAAAGAUGGAAAAGUGCGUGUGUUUGAUCCACGCAAGUCUUCUGAGCCUAUCCAGGAGGGCCCUGGUCCAGAGGGCCACAGAGGUGGCCGUGUAGUCUGGGUGUGUGAUGGCCAGUACCUUCUGGUGUCAGGGUUUGACUGUCGCAGUGAGCGACAUCUUUACCUGUUCUCUGCUGAGUCCUUGGCCUCUGGACCUGUGGGUACUGUACCUGCUGACGUGUCACCCUCAACUCUCAUCCCGUUCUAUGACGCUGACACCAGCCUUGUUAUUCUCACAGGAAAGGGUGAUACACGUGUCUACAUCUAUGAGAUCAUAACAGAAGCCCCUUACUUUAUGGAGUGCAGCAGCUUUCACUCCUCUGAGCCACACAAGGCCUUGUGUUUCUUGCCAAAGACUGCCUGUGAUGUACGUGAUGUAGAGGUGGCCAGAGCUGUCAGACUUAGCAAGACCACCAUUGAGCCAGUGGCCUUCAAAGUGCCUCGAGUCAGAAAAGAGUUCUUCCAGGAUGAUCUUUUCCCUGAGACAGCAGUGUUGUGGGAAUCAGCUCUCAGUGCUGCUGCCUGGCUCUCCGGUUCUAAUGGACAGCACCGCAAGAUCAGCCUGCAGCCUAAAGACAUGACCCCUGUGAGCGAGGCUCCUAAGGAAGCACCAGUGAGGAAGUACGUUCCCUCUUCUGUGUACCUUGAAGAAAAGACAGAUGAACAGAAAAAAGAAGAGCUUUUGAGUGCCAUGGUAGCUAAGCUGGGGAACAGGGAAGAUCCACUGCCACAGGAAUUAUUCGAGGGGGUGGAUGAAGAUGAAUGGGAUGACUAAUGAGAAGCCUGGCUACAGUGCCAUCAACAGAAAAUGAGAGAACGAUCUUGAUUGCUAGCCAUGUCUUUCCUGAAUGCUCAACUGAAAGAAACACUCCAA